AUGGCUAUCUCAUCCUACCCAACCCCAGCCGAAGCUGGCAUACUAUGCCUAAUUCUAGCAAACACUGCAAUGUCUAUCUCAGCCAUGAAAGAACUCUUCCGCUCGAUCCUUAGCAUGAUUGGCAUCCACAUCUCGUCGUGGAACGAGCUCUCGGUCGAGCCCCCUGACUCAGUAGAGUUUCGCCUGAGCCCCUCCGAGUCCUACAUGGACGAGUUCCGGCGCCUGACCCUGGCUGUGAGAUACGAUUCGGUUAUCCCGUGUGGGGCCCACGGACAAGAAUGCUCGAUCUGCCUGUUGGAGUUUGACCCGGAGGCCGAGGUCAACCGCCUCUCGUGCGGCCACGUUUUUCACAAGCCAUGCCUCGAGAAAUGGCUGAGAUGUUGGCGCACGACGUGUCCACUCUGCCGUCACCCCAUGAUGCCUGAAAAAGUCGAAGAAGAAGAAGAAGUAGAUACUUGCCCUAUGUGA